AUGGACGCAUCAAAACCAGGAGAGGCCGGCGUCAUUGCGUGGUGUAACAGUGUACGCUUCAACAUGGCCAAGGAUCCUGGUCGGCAGUUCCUCGACGAACAGAUUCAAAAUAGCCUGGACUUCCUGGACAGCUAUCUGGAAAAUGUCCUGCGAGGUCCCAAGACCGAAUCUGUCACGGAACUAUUGAAGACACCUGGACGUAAGAAGAAUGCGCCUGUGAGGACGAGGGCAGGGACAGUAGCAGCGGCAAAGGUGAAGGCGGUUAUUUCAAUGUCCUUAGAUGAAAGUGAUGCUGAACAAGAAAACCGCGCGCCCGUUAACAGCUUCACUAAGGCGCUCCUACAGGCAAAAGAGGUUACAGAUGACCUAGCUAUCUCCGUUUCUCCUACCAGACCUUUGGAGUCCCAACGACCUGCUUCAUCUCAACAGGGAUUUGUACCCACAGAAGUAUUUCAGCCGGCUGAGCCAGUCGUGCACAUUUCGUCUCCGCCACCUCAAGAGCCGGGUCAUGAGGACCCGAAGUUUGACACGCGGUCAGAUCAUGAACCUCAGGAGCUUUCCAUGAUCGCAGAAGACGACGAAUUAGUGGAACGAAGCCGUUUGUCUAUGCAACCCCAGCCAAGUGCUCCAGAGGUGCCCGAGGAGGCUGUUCAAGCACCCAUUGAAAAUGGGAUGGACACGGAGGAGGAGGACUCGGCCCCUACUGAUAUCACGUCUACCUCAGCGAAUACUUUCCAUUCAUUUCAGCUGGGCUCGCCCCAAAAUACUGAGUCACGAUCUUCCAAGGUACUCGCUUCGGAGGCACACGUUACGGAGCCACUUCCUCGCAUCGAACGCCCACCACUAGAGAAUGAUUAUGCCAUGACUGCCCCACUGCCCAUUGUGCCCACCCUUCCAAGCGAGUCACAUGUAGAUGAACUCAACGUGCCCAUUCGUGACGGUCCUCCGGCCUCUCAUUCUGCCCCGGAUCUCGCACGGAAGCCGAGUCUCUCACAGCUGGGUCUCCCUGCACCUUCUCCUCUGCACAAAUCGACCCGGGUAGUAAGAGAGCCAUCCGUGGGGGCGGGGCCGACUGUAGGCCAACCCCCAGGAGGGAAACGAAGCUCGUGGCUGGUCAAGGCAAGGGAGGUCAAGGCUAUGGAAGGCACAGGCAAGCGUGCCAGUACGGUCCUUGGGACAACCUUUGCACCAAGUAUGCUUGGGACUAAACGAAAGAGUGGGGAGGUGUUUGGUUUGAUGCCGAGAGCGUCGUCUGCAGCACUCGGGGCGGUUGCAAGGGCCUCAGAGGAAGAGGAAAGGCACCAGAAGGUUCCCAAAUUAGCUGCGGCUGUGGAUCUACCAGACAAGGAACAGGUACGACAGGCUAAUGUCGACCGCGAGCCGGUCGAUAAAGGCAAGGGCGUUGUGCGGACGGAUCAAGAACCACAUUUGCUUGCUCCUGCGGCUGUAUCCGAACAUCAGGAACAUCAGACGCCACCUGCAUUAUAUCCUACUCUAUCAAAGGAUAAUAUAGUUGUACCGUUGAAGACGGAGGAUGAGGAUGAUGGUAUGCUCGAUCGUUUCAAGCGGACGGUCGAAGGAUUUGGUGCUCGCGCUGGGAAAAGUAUGGGGAAGUCUCUUGGAGGAAACGCUGCCGCGGCCCUGGCAGAAGCCAGAGCAGCUGCUGAGGCUAGAGUUGCGGAAAGGAACAAAGUGGAAGGCAGAGAGGAGUCAGAGGAACCGCCGCUCUCGUCAAGCCCCCCUGCCGAUUCUACAGACAGUGUCGCGCCUGCUGGGGAAGCUCGACUAUAUCCGGAAGUCCCGCAUGGCGAUGUGCCCGGGUUCAAGACCGCGGAGAGGAGAUUGAGUGUGUCCGACCUCGUCAGCUCGUCAGAAAAGAAGCAAAAAUCCCGAGUGGUCCGGUCACCCCCUUCUUCAGCCAUUACUGCUGGGCCUUCAAGACAGUCGAUCGACGCCGCUAAUAUCAGUUCGUCUACCACACCUCCCAACUCGCCACCCGCAACGCACAAACCAAGCUUUGCCGCCCCUCCCCCCCCGGUUCAAGUCUUCAGCAAACCUCCACCCCCUCCAACUGUGUUUGUUGCCCCGUCUGCACCCGCUGCGCCCUCGACCUCGCAGCCUACUCGGACCACUGGUGCCCCUGGAGUAGGUAGGGACUUUUCGUUCAAGUUGCCUACAACAAAUCCAUUUUCGCUGCCAGCCGCAGUUUCGCUGGGUGUACCUGCUACCUUGGCUUCGCCGUCCAGUCAAAAAGGAUGUGGCCCGCUCUCUGCACAGUCGAGCAAAGCCAGUCUUUUUUCGGAUGUCAUAUUCGAUAGGGAAGACGAAGUACCCGCUUGGAUGGCAACAACUCAAGAUACUGAAUAUUCUAUCCCGCCUUCUCAGGCACAGCUUAAGAGCGGCGCGAAUGUGGACGAUCUCGACGAUGACGACAGCUGGCAUGUUGACGAGAAGUUCACGUCGAACCAUAUGUGGACGCCGUUUGGGUUUGCGUCUGCAGACAAGGACGACACGUGGAGCACACUCCCAAGCAGGAGUAUCAGCCAGAAAGGCGGCGACACCGGUCCAAUUACCACUAACCAAAACUUCACGAAGUCAUUUGCGGACACGCGGGACUUUGAUCUUGCGGAGAUGGUACAGGAUAAGGAAGAUGUUGAGCCGUCUCGUUCGGUUGUACCGGGUGCGUUUAGAUUUGGUGCGGAUCCCGAACUGCAGGAAGAGGCGGAUAUUGCGGAUGAAGCAAUGGAGAUCGACCCUGAUCUUGACGAGGAAGAAGACGAGCUGGAUGAAUUGGUAGCAGCCGGCGCAUCCACGGUCAGUCUCGUUCAGCCUAAAGGUGGAGCGGAGAGACCCAGAAGCCAAAGUCAACAGUCCAUGGCAUCAACAGCUUCUUCACAGUCCCAGCCGGUUGGAUUCUUCGGUCAAGCAUCUAAAUUGGUCAGUAGCGUGCUGGGCAGCACUAAGAAAGUUAAAGGGGAGCCAGUCAAGAGCCUGCAAUUGGCAGCUCAGGCAGCCAAAAAGCAACAAGAAGAGAUUGAGAAGAAGGCGACAAGACUCAAAGAGAUGGAGAAUCGCCGGCAACUUGCUCUGCAGCGAAAGGCAGAGGAAGACAAGGCACGUGCUAUUGAAGAAGACAGGAAGAUUAAAGAAGAGAACGACCGGCGAAAGAGAGAGCGAGAGGAACAUACGGACAAGAGACCCCUUCGGGCGACGGGCAAGAAGGGAGAUGAUGACACCACGAAGAAACGCAAGAUUACCACCGAGGCUGAGAAAAAGGUGGAGUCAAAGAAACCACCCUCAAAGGAUAAGAAGGACAACCCUCUCCCACCUCGUGUUCCGAAGGCUGGGCCAAGUGGCGCCUCAAACCCAACGAUCAAGAUUGGGCCCCCGCCCAAGUCUGCGCUUAAACAGCAGGUGACAGCCACGGACACUAAGUCCUCGAAGACUGUCAAGGCCGUCCCAUCUUCCAGCAACCUCAAGACAGGUGGUAAGGGCAAAGGAAAGGCCGCUGCUACCGACGACGACGAGCCGCAGCCUACUCGCGCGGCACCACUGAGGACACAAGCCCCAUCGCCCAAACAGCCGCCGGUGGCAAGCGAGACCAUCGAACUGCCGGACAUCAACAGCGAAUACUCGGACUCUGAGGACGAGGACCGGCCGCGGACGUUCGACCCGCCAAACUGGGCACAAUCGCCGGAGCUCAGACAGGCAUUGCAGCAGCAGAGCACGAUGAACCCAGACGACAUUUUUGGGCGCAUCGGGCCGUUGCGGAUGGAGGAGAUCUUCCGCACGCGCCAGAGUCGCUUCAGAGCACGCACGAGUUCGGCGAAUUGGUCCGGCGCGGACCAAUUGACAGCAGAGGAGGAGAGGGAGUAUGCGCGCAGGAUGGGCUUCAAGUGA